AAAAAGCUUAAAUAUUUUUUUUUCCUCUUUUGGAAGUCAUUUGUAAUUAAAAAUCCUGAGUCCUAAAUAAUGUGACAAAUCAUGAACUUUGUCUUAAGUGUAAGUAUAUGAAAUGUUUUGAAGUAACUGUUAGAAACAACUGUACCAAGUCACACCAAAGGUCCCUCUGGCCCAGCAUCCAGUCUCAGUGGGCCAAAAGCAGAUGCACAAGGAAGAGUGAAACAGGGUAAGCAGAUAGCAGUGCUUCCCCAGAAUAUACUUCAAGCAAUCUGUGGCUUAGGGAAUUCUGUAUCUGCGAGCAUUUGUUGGUUAAAAUCAUGGAAGAAAAAAAAAAUCUCUUUAAAUCCUCACAGUGUCCUAGCAUCCACAUCAUAUGAUAAGGAGUCCACAGUUUAGCUGUGUUGUGUGAAGACCUACUUCCUAUUGUUUUCCUUGAAUCUGACAGUUCCAGGUUUUUUUCUAAUUUUCAUUAUUAAAGGAGAUGAUAGAUGCCUUUUUAAAAGAUUUUUCCCUAUCAGUUCCUCUUCCAGUUGUCUCUUUAAAUUUAUUAUUAAUUAUAUAAUCAGUAAAGCACCACAAAAUGAGUAAAGGAAUUGUGCAUUUUAAGAAAUGAGUGCUUGUCUUAUGGUGCCAUAUCAUGACAUUGAAUAACCUAACCUACGUUGCACUGUAAGUUAUAAAAACAGUUGUAACUUCUAUGAAUUCUGAAAUAGAUGGUCUAGAAAAAUGCCCUUUUACCAUCUAUGUACACUGCAUGUUAAAGCUGAUACAGCGGGUAAUAGCACAUAGCAACAAGCAUACUGAAAACAGCCUUGUUCACAGGUUUGUAUAAUUCUGUGGUUUUGAAUGUGUGGAUUUUAUAGCAGAUGCUUUGUACAAGAGAGUAGAAUAGAGAAAAGUAUUUGGGAGGAACCUUGAUCUGUUAAAUUUAGAUCUAGUGCCGCAUACUGUGUACUGUUCUUCAGUAAUGGACAGAAUUUUCAAGGAAGAUCUUCCUUGGCACACAAUGUAAAAUUUCUGGCUAGUUGAUGAGUUUUCUUUCUGUUUUUUAAAAAAAAAAAAAAAAAGUUUGCUGUGUUCUGAAGGACCCUUUUGAGGUGGUACUUUGAAUCCAGUUGGCCCAAAAAGCAGUGAAGUGGAUCUAGUCAGUCUUGCUGCCUUGUAGUGGAGAACACUUGUGAUUGGGCCAGCCCAGCAAUAUAUCUCUGUUAAUCUUCAGCUGGACCUCUUCCUUCAUCUGGCUUGGAAUAUGGCCACACGCACUCCAGUGCGUAUUUCUCCAUGAUAAAAGGGGCUUGCAGGAAUGUGUGGUUUGGGUAAAAGGGGAAGUUGAGACUGUUUGUACUAAUAAGUUUAAAUUUAUUUUGAAGUGGCAGCCUCAUAGAUCUGCCUGCUUCGAGUCUUUACUUUCAUGUCUGCUUUCUGCAUUUUCUGUCCCGAAUGAAGAUUAAAUCUGUCUUUGAACGGUCCUCUUAGUAAGAUGUCCAUUCCUGAUCUGCAUAUUACUUCGAGAUGAACAGUCCAAAUCCAAGCAUUUUAUUUAGGCUGAAACUUAAAAAUUCUUGAAGAACUGGAAAAUUCUUCUAGUUUGAGCGAGGAACAAAUUAUUCUUCUAUGGUAGAGCUCAGUGAUUUUGCAGUGCAAGUUAAAUAAUGAAGUGUCCAUGAUAAUAAGACCUGGGUCAGCAGGCUAGAAGCGUAGGCAAUUUGGAGAAUGCCAGCUCAGACAAAUGUCAGCUGUAGAGACUUGGGAAGCUCAAAGCUGAACUUUGUCAGUAGCGAUCUAGUGGCAAUAUGGCUGAUAGAUGAGAAGAUGAUGACAACGAUACACAAUAUCUAGAAAGGACGCAGGUUGCAUGUGAUUAAUUGCUUACAGCAGAUAGACCGUAUGUGUAAGGACAUGACUAAGGUUCCUGAGCCUUACAUCACAAAAUGGUACCUGGUCUGGCAUGUGUUAGCCAUGAAAGGGUAUUAUACAAUAAGGAGAUGAGAAAUGUUCACGUAGAGCUUUUGAAGUUAUGGGGCUUAUGCAUGAACUCAGCAUGUAACUUCGGUAAUGAUUAGUGCUUAAGCCUAUGCUUGAUGCUUGCAUGAAGUAAUCGUAAAAUAAAUGGAGGCAAUAAUAACCGAACAAGAUCUGUGUUGUUCGGCUCUUAACUCCAGGUUAUUUGGAUUUGACUGGGCACCCUUUGAUUGCUGAUUGAUCCCACAUUAUGCUUGCGAUGGUCUGCUCAAGACAUCUACCUGGAAGUUAGGUGCUGAGUUGAGCUUUGGGAUUUGGGAAGCAUGAAGAAGUCUGGUCCCUGGAAGAGAUGGGAAGAGAAACAAACUCUGGAGAGGACAACAACUGAGCAGCUGCUCUCAGACUCCAUUAGUAGGUUGGAUUGCCUGCAAGUGCAAUAGGGGUCAUUGCGGGAGGCAGACUCAAAAGAGGAAUUGGUGCCUUCCAGUCCUCGGUUCCAAGUAAUCCACAUUGUGCUAUUUCCUGUCUAGAAAUUUGAAAAGGAAUACUUCUCUACAGAAAUUUCUGUAGAAAAUUUGGGCAUUGAACAAUAGUUUCUAAACCAAACCCUUUGAUUUCCAGGUAAGAGUAAAGCCAGUGUCCUCAACCCAGUGUGACGGAUACUGUCGUUUUGUCUCUCACAUGCACACAAACAAGCACCAGCUGAUGCAGAAAUAAUACGGCUUUUGUACUCAUUGCAUAUUCAAUAGCUGUGUAUUCCACUUUUUAAAAGGAAAAUUUUGUCAGUCGUGGGUUGAUCCAUCUGUCUCUUUAGAACAGCUGUAUACGACAGUUCAAGAGUGAGGGUUACACUGCAGAGUUUAAGGAAAGCCUCUCUCUAGGAACUGGUGGAAGUGGAGGGUGCUUGAUGUUACAGUAGACUAUUUUGGAACUGUUGUGAGGGGAUGUUGCCCCUGAGCCCUCUUCAAAGGAUAAAUAGAUUGAUAGGUUCCAUCACAUUUGAGUAAAUUACUGCUCUGAAGGUCUGCUCUGAUCUUCUGUUCUUGGAUCAUGCUUUGGAGCCUUCAGUGUUAAGCCUGUCUGAUACGAUUGCGGUGAUCCAAGACAUUCCAGUCUCCCAGAUGCUCCUUGUCAUCCAUCCUCCUUGGAGAGCACCAUUCUGUCGUCCACUGCAAAAGCUCUGCUGAAGGACCUAGGAACAUCAAGAAUGAGGUGCUCCAGUAUCUCAUUUCAGGCUCUUCCUGGAAUCCAGAUUUUGGGAUUAGGUGUGUCAGUUUCCUCUCCAACGGGCGAUGCCCCAGGGCAGGAUCCAAGGCGUACAGAAGGCUGAUGAGCGCUGCCAAGAAAGGAAGAGAUUGGGGCCCUCAGCACCCGUUCACUUCUGGACACAGCGAAAACUGAGAGCCUCGCGUCUCAUGAGCUUGAAGACCUUCACUAUCAUUGCUUACAGGUCUGCCGGGGCAGCUGAGGAGAGAGCCAUCACCAUGAUACCUGCACUGCUCUUGCUGGGCCUUACGGCCCUUGUCGUUCCAUCCAUGAGUUACAGUUGCUAUGGUGAUAUAAGUGCUCUUCAAGCCCCCAUGAUCUCCUGUACAGCCGUAAGAGCCCCAGACUGUGGACUUGCCAUGUUACGGAGAUCUGCUGAGGCAGACAUCAUACGCCUGAGGAGAUAUGAGAUCCCAAUUAAGAGAGUAGCCAGAAACCUGUGCUUGGACCCAGCGCUCAUCGCUGCCAUCAUCUCGCAGGAGAGCCGCGUCGGCCAGCUCCUGAACAACGGCUGGGACCAGACUCGGCGCAAGUAUGGCUUGAUGCAGCUUGGCAGGCAGCUACAGCAACCUUUUGGAUCAUGGGAUAGUGAAGAACACAUAAAUCAGUGCUCAACUAUCCUGGUUCGUGCAAUUAAUGAAGUACAGGCAAACCAUCCUACCUGGACCUGGGACCAGCAGCUGAGAGGGGGAAUCUGCACCUACCAUGCAAAAAUGGGCAACAUCAAUGUUUAUGAGGAAGACCCAUGCAAUGGAGACGACUACUACACCGCUAAUGUGAUUAGGCGAGCCCAGUUCUUUAAGAGACAUGGGUUCUAGCCCAUAAACCUGCCCCGCCACCAAGCCUCUCCUCUGCAUAGACUAGCCCAGUAGUGAUCGUAGUACCCAGAGCAGUUCCUCAGGAUUCCUGUCAGGACCGAUGCCGGUGGCACUGGCACCAGCACCUCGCUCUCUCUGGCAAACCCCAGCUCCCUGCUCACCGAUGGACAAGCUCAAUGCUGCCUUCCAGGGGACCUGCAGGGAUGAGAAACCACAAGCUCAAGACCUUUGAAAGGCAGAUGGGGACAGACCAGCAAUGUUUAAGUGUUGAGUGAGGAAGGUGCCUCUUCUCAUUCGAGCUGAACCCAGGGCUGUUCGUGCAUCCUGCAGGUGCAGGCAUGCAAAGCAGCUCUCCCUGGGCAUCAGCUGUGCUCUUCCCAUCUCCUCCAUCCAUCUCCUUCCCUCUCUCUGGCCAAUGAGGGGGAGAAGCCUCUGAGUUGAAAUCUCCUUUCCCUUCGAUUGUGCUAGCUACUGAGCAAUGAAGAGACUUCUCAACAAGCCUCUGGCCGCUGCAUGUUUCUGCACUGGCUGUGUAUUCCCAUGGCCAGUCUUGGUGGGGACAACACUAAACACGCUUCUGUUAGUCCCCCAAGCCAUGGAGCCCAUGGCCAUGGUGGGGCUGGAGAC